AUGGUUAGUGCUGAAUUCUUGGGUAGUUCUCAGAGUCACUGCGUGAAAUGGGUGCUUGUCUACUGGAGAAAAACUGGAUUGCACGAUGAUGAAGAGAGUGGCAAAGUUUUUCUGAUGCUUGGGAAGGUGCAGUUUGAACUUCAAAAACUUGUUGAUAGCUAUCGCUCUCAUAUAUUUUUGACAAUUACAAACCCAUCAGAGUCUCUUCUCAAUGAACUUCGAACAGUCGAGGAAAUGAAACGACAAUGCGACGAAAAAAGAGAUGUGUAUGAAUACAUGGUGGCACAACAGAAAGAAAAAGGAAGGUCAAAACGUGGGAAGGGUGAACAUUUUUCUUUGCAGCAAUUGCAAGUGGCUCAUGAUGAAUACGACGAGGAGGCUACAUUAUGUGUUUUCCGAUUGAAGUCUCUGAAGCAAGGACAGGCCCGAAGUCUUCUAACACAGGCAACUCGUCACCAUGCUGCUCAGUUGAAUUUCUUCCGGAAAGGACUUAAAUCACUUGAGGCUGUUGAGCCGCAUGUUAGAUUUAUUACAGAGGAGCAACAUAUUGAAUAUCAAUUCAGUGGACUUGAAGAUGAUGGUGGGGAUGAUGGUGAGGAUAAUGGCGAGGAUAAUGGUGAGAAUAGCAACGAUUCUAAUGAAGAUGGAGAAUUGAGUUUUAACUACAGAUCAAGCAAGCAGGGGAUUGAUAUCACCUCUGCAUCAAGGAAUUCAAUGGAGGUUGAUGAAGUGGGACUUUUGUCUCCUCAAGCUUCAAGAGUGGAACACGCAGAUAUAAAUCUGGAUAAAAAUCAAUGGGAUCUGAGGGUCUCGAGUAGAGAACCUAGAAUAGGCAGCCACUCGGCCCCAAUUUUUGCAGAGAAGAAGUUUGAUCCAGCUGAAAAAGCUAGACAACUGCAAGCAUCAACUGCACGGAAGUCUAAUACAUAUGUGCUGCCCACUCCUAUUGAUGCAAAGGGUUUGAUUUCUUCAAGAACAAGCAGCACGGUUCCAGUCACAAGGCCAAGUGGACGAACCCACAACUUAUGGCACUCUUCCCCAUUGGAAGAAAAGGAUUCUGGUGAUGAUAACCUGUCAGGACCGACUUUCUUAAAAGCUCAGUUGGUACAAAAAGAGAGCAACAGUAAUAAUACCUCCACCCAACUACCUCCUCCGCUGGAGGGACUUACACUUCCACAGCUUGAUACAUUUAAUGCAUCUGAUACCAAAAAGAUUAAGAGACAUGCCUUCUCGGGUCCAAUAACUAGUAAGUCAUCAUCGACAAAGCCUGUGUUAUAUGCUAGUGGUCCCAUUGCAUCAAGUGAACUACCUCAACAAGUUUCUGGAAUGCUGUCUCGUUUACCAAAUCCCCAACCUUCAUCUCCAAAAGUAUCCCCAAGUGCUUCACCUCCCCUUGUUUCUUCACCUAAGAUAAGUGAGCUUCAUGAGCUUCCUAGACCCCCAGGUAGUUUUGGUGUGAAACCAACAAAGUGUUCUGGAUUUGUUGGUCACUCUGCUCCCCUGGUCUUGAGAAAUCAAGAAUUUAACGUGCCUAAUAAAAUCCCUUCAGUGACAUCAAACAUGGCAUCACCUCUUCCAACUCCUCCACCAUUGGUUGUCCCUAGAAGCUUCUCCAUACCUUCAAGCAAUCAAAGAGCAAUGGCGUUGCAUGUAGCAAGACAUUUGGAGUCUCCUCAAGUUCCAGGCAAGGCUGAAGAAGUUGCUUCACCUCCGUUGACGCCAAUUUCCCUAUCAAACCUGAAACCAGUAUCAACUGUUUCUGAAGUGGCCUCGCACUCUAGUCCCAUCCGAGAUGUGGGAACAGUUCAGUCCUUCAUCUUCACCAUCACAGCCAAUUGA